AUGUCAUUGCGUUGGAACCAUUGCUACCAUCCUUCUCGCCGUGACCUCUACGCCCGUACCCCAACGGAAUGGCGGGACUAUUCUCACUCGCCACGUGUGAGGGGCUUCUCCCCCCGGCUCGUCAAACCUUUGGCGGAGGACGUAUGCUACUCCCGACUCGUCCGGUCUGGACUAGAUGAUGAUCAGGUUCUUCGAAUUCUUGACGGUCAAGAAGAUGCUCCAGAUACAGAUGACCGACCGGAGACCGAUAGUCAAACUAGACAGACAUUCCUAACCAACAUACCUGGCCGCGAUGAACCCAAAGAUGAUAUCUUCAUGCCCGUCCUCCGCAUCGACCCCGUCCUAUCAAAUAUCCAGAAAUAUCUGAUCCUUCGCAGCUAUGGGAAGACUUGA